AUGUCUUCCACUCCAAAUCCAAAAGCUUUCCCAUUAGCUGAUGCUGCUUUAACUCAACAAAUUUUAGAUGUUGUUCAACAAGCUAGUAAUUUAAGACAAUUAAAGAAAGGUGCUAACGAAGCCACUAAGACUUUGAAUCGUGGUAUCUCUGAAUUCAUCAUCAUGGCAGCUGACUGUGAACCAAUUGAAAUUCUUUUACAUUUACCAUUAUUAUGUGAAGAUAAAAAUGUUCCAUACGUUUUUGUUCCAUCCAGAGCUGCAUUAGGCAGAGCCUGUGGUGUUUCUAGACCAGUUAUUGCAGCCUCUAUCACCACUAAUGAUGCUUCUGCUAUCAAGAACCAAAUAUAUGCUGUUAAGGAUAAGAUUGAAACUUUAUUAAUCUAA